AACGAAAAAUUGAGGGUGUUUUAAGCAAAAAAACUGAAAAUAGAAUGGCUACACUUCAGCUCAAUCUUCACUCCGUGACCGGAGGGCAACGCCGACCUGCGUGCCGGUCCGUCAUUACACCAAUACGGUGCGCAGCUGAGCGUCAGGCGCUUUUUAAUCGCAUUGCGCCUGUCUAUGAUAACUUGAAUGAUUUGUUGAGUUUAGGGAGGCAUAGAGUAUGGAAGAGGAUGGCUGUUUCUUGGAGCGGAGCAAAAGAAGGAGAUACUGUGUUGGAUGUGUGUUGUGGAAGUGGGGAUUUGGCCUUUCUGUUGUCUGAGAAAGUCGGAAUCAAUGGCAAGGUUAUUGCUCUCGAUUUCUCAAAAGAGCAAUUAAAGAUCGCUGCAUCUCGACAGAGCGAGCGAUCGAAAUCCUGCUACAAGAACAUUGAGUGGAUUGAAGGUGACGCAAUGGAUUUACCAUUCUCCGGCUCUUCUUUCGACGCUGCAACCAUUGGCUACGGGCUAAGAAACGUAGUACAUAGGAAAAAAGCUCUAGAAGAGAUGUGUCGAGUUUUAAAACCUGGUUCAAAAGUAUCCGUUCUUGAUUUCAACAAAAGCACGAGCCCGUUAACCUCUUCACUUCAGGAUUGGAUGAUUGACAAUGUAGUGGUUCCUGUGGCCAAUGGGUAUGGCCUAGCAAGUGAGUAUCGGUACUUGAAGAACUCGAUCAAGGAAUAUCUUUCAGGUAAUGAACUUGAGAAGCUAGCUUUCGAAGCAGGGUUUUCCGAGGGCAAACAUUACGAGAUCGAUGCUGGCUUUAUGGGAAAUUUAGUAGCAACUCGUUAGUAAGUGUAUUUCUCGCCACUUUUGUUUCUUCAAUAUAUAAAAACCCUUUUUUUUUUCUAUUUUCAAAACAAACGGGACCAAUA